AUUCAGAUUUUUAAUUUUCUAAUAACGUGAAACUGGGACCGGGCUCAUCCAGCCCACUUGGAUAAGCAAUCAGGCUUUGCAACGGGCCCUGGAGUCCACUGGACCUGAUAAUUGAUCUUUGUCGUGUAGGCUUGUAGUUGCUGGUCAAGCGUUGCUGUCUUCGCCGUUGCCCGUGACCGAAAAACAAAAAAAAAAGGUAAAAAGUUGGAGCUUUUACCAAUUAGCAGCCAUUAGCGUCAUAGAAGAAGAGACUGGAGUCAGAGAAAGAAAGAGAGAAGAAGAAUAGAAUAAUCGGAGAUGGAAGACGGACAAAUCUGGUCCUAUAGGCGAUGUAGACUGAAGUUUUUGGUAGGCUUACUGUUAUUUUGCACAAUUUGUUGUUCAAUCAGAGAGGUAAGUGCAUCGAUUCAUGAGUACCAAAACGAAGCGUUUAUUCCACGGUCCAAUGGCUUCUUCUCCCAUGGCGGCAGUGAAGGCCUCUACUCUUCUAAGGUUCAUGAUUCCUCUGAUUCUUCCUCUGAUAAGCCCCUCCAAGGAAAAUCCUUCAUCAGGUUUGAAGAUGUCACCUUUGUUAGGACAAAGGAGGCUGCCAGUAAGCAGAACGAAAUGCAGGAGAGCACUGGAUUGGUAGAAGCCAUCAUAUUUGAGGUGAAAGACAGAGAAAGGAUUGGAGGGGCAUUCCUAAAAACUAAUGCGAUAUGCUGUCACCCUACUCUUGCUCAGACUGGGUCCUGUACACUAGGAGAGGUAAUUAUCCAGAAAGACCAAGACAACCAAGACUGGCCCAAACGCAUUCGAACCUCCUUUGCGGGAAAAAAUGAAGAAGCUAUAAUGAAACCUGAAACUGUGGAAAUAAAUGCUACUGGAAUGUACUACCUUUAUUUCAUGUUUUGCAAUCCAGAACUUAAGGGAACCUUGAUCAAGGGAAGGACUGUAUGGAAGAAUCCUAAUGGUUAUUUACCUGGGAAGAUGACUCCUCUGAUGACAUUUUAUGGAAUCAUGUCUUUGGCUUACCUUGCACUAGGACUAAUCUGGUUCUUAAGGUUUGUUCAAUUCUGGAAGGACGUCAUACAGCUGCACUACCACAUCACAGCAGUCAUUGCACUUGGAAUGUGUGAAAUGGCUGUAUGGUAUUUUGAAUAUGCUAAUUUUAAUUCAACUGGAUCAAGGCCGAUGGGUGUUACACUGUGGGCUGUCACCUUUAGGACUGUGAAGAAGACCUUAUCUCGCCUCCUCCUUUUGGUUGUCUCCAUGGGUUAUGGUGUAGUAAAGCCAACCCUUGGUGGUAUAACAUCAAGAGUACUUCUUCUUGGUCUGAUAUAUUUUAUUGCCUCAGAGGCACUUGAGCUAGUUGAACAUCUAGGGAACAUCAAUGACUUGUCUAAGAAAACAGAAUUAUUUUUAGUGCUUCCUGUUGCUUUCCUAGAUUCCUGCUUUAUCGUCUGGAUCUUCUCAUCUCUAUCAAAAACUUUAGAGAAGCUUCAGAUGAGGAGAAACACAGCUAAACUAGAUCUAUACCGAAAGUUUACCAAUUCUCUUGCAGUCUCUGUUCUGCUUUCCAUUGCUUGGAUUGGCUUUGAGCUUUACUUUAAUGCAACUGACCCACUAAGUGAGCUAUGGCAAGUUGCUUGGAUCAUUCCUGCUUUCUGGACUCUGCUUGCAUACUCUCUUUUGGUGGUGAUUUGUAUCCUCUGGGCUCCUUCACGUAACCCAACCAGAUAUGCAUAUUUGGAGGAGACAGGAGAGGACUUCGAGGAGGAGGGUAUCUCUUUAACAAGCAGUGUGGAUAUUGCAACUAAGCUAGAAAGGAAGGGACUGGGAGAAGAUCUUGAGGAGGAUAAGCGAGAGUAGAUGAAUAUCACCGCCCAGCACAAAGGUGAAUUCCCUGCUAUAGCUACAGUUGCAUAUUCAGGAAUUUUUCUACAAAUUUCAUAUGCAAUUUGUGUUUUAUGUACAAAGCUUUGUGGAUGGAAGGUUGCUAGAUAGAAGAGUUUGAUGCGACUUGAAGAUUACAGCUAACUGUUAGUCAAUGAAACAAAUAAAUGUGUCCUUUGAUUCUCAUGGUA